UUUCUCUCUCUUCUCUUCUCUUCUUUUUUUCUUUUGAAUCCAACUUCCUUCUUUUUCUUCUUCUUCUCUUCUCUUCUCUCCUACCCUCUCUUCUCCUCCCUUUACAUUCUCUCUUCUUUCUCUCUCUUUCACCUUCGUCAACUAGCCAGCCAUGGGUCUCUUUGACAAAUUCUUUGGCGUCAUUCCUCCCGCCGCCGGUGCUAUGGGCCUUGGUGUCCUCUACACCAUCAUCGGCCUUGUCUUUGCCAUCUUGAGCUUUGGUCGCUGGAUUAUGCCUCAUGCUGAGACCGAUCUUUACAUCCCAUGGGGCGUUGUUUGCAUUCUUCUCUUUGUCACCGGUAUUUACGGAACCUGGGCCACAGCCAAGGGCACCACCUGGCACCUUCGCCAAUAUGUUUCCUUCUCAUGGGGUUUCUUGUUGAUGUUCCUCUGCUGGGCUGUCGUUUACAUCGCUGUUGAGGAUAACCACGUCGAAAAGGUGAACGCGGGCUGCAUUGAGCUCAACAAGGACAAGAACUGGACAGAGGCGAUGUGCAAUGAACGUCGCGAGAAGGCUGUUACCAUCUCCAUUGCCUUGGUCACCAUCGCCAUGGUCCUUGGCUUCUAUUUCACCCUCGUCCUUUCCAAAUGGGUCAGCGGACGCGAGUGGGAGGAUCACUUGGAGGAGGAGCGUCGUCUUGACCAGUGGCGCAGCGGUCACGGCGAGAAGCCCGGCACUGAGAACAACGUUUAAAAGUCAAAAUAGACACCCUUCUCCUUUUGUAGUAGCCGACCUCUCCCCCCUCUCUCUCCAUCUACCAUUUAUUUUUAUUUUUUUUUUGUAGACCUUACCUCUGUCAACCAUAUCAUGCUAUAUUAAAAAUAAAAUAUAUUACUAAUAGGAUGUAG